AUGGAAGUAUGGAAAUUGAUGUUCUGGGUAUCUAAACUCUGUCCUCCUCCUCUGUGGACUGCUGAUAGUGUGUGUUUGCCUGUGGGCGUGUGUGCGCGCCAGUGUGGUUUCUUAUUACGGUCGAUCAAGAUGGCCAACAGGUGGUUUGCAAAGAAGGCCCUGGAAUUAGUUUUGGAAGAGAGGGAAGUAUUUGAUGAUGAUGAAGAGGGAGAGGAUUCAGAAGAAGAGGUUUCAGAAAUUAAAGAUAAUUAUUUCUUAAAAUUCGGAGUCUGA